UAUCCACUGACCAGUAUCACAUGAUCACAUCUUGGGCUCAAGUUUAGAACUCAUAGAGGGCAUGUUAUUUUUUCUGAAGUUGACUGCUGUUCAGUUACCGGUUUUUGAUUGGAUGCAGGCUCUAGUCAGGUUAACUUGUGAUCAGGAGCUCUGCUUUUGGGUUUGGUUAAAUCUACACUAAUCACUGACGAGGACUUAAAUUAGGUUUUUUUUUAACAGAUUUUUUAUAUGAUAACAAUUACUUGUAGCUCUUUUUAUUUAAUAUUUUACUGUGAAAUAAAUUAAUGACUUUCAGAGGAUGUUGAGUGUGAUGAAUUAGAGGAGUCAUCUAGAAACGUGAAUCCCAUCGUGGACUCAGUGAGUGUCCCACCUCCACCAUUGGACAAUGAAAACAAUGAACAUGCACCUCCAAAGGGCCCCACUGAAAAUCGCCAAGAUCAUGGCAUUCUUCUCGGCUGCGUUCUAUGCCGGACUAGCGGUUCUUCUCCUCAAUGUACAAACCCAGGCAAGAGCCGCUCCUCCUUCUUCCCCAGAAGGAUGCAAUAUCCCCGGAGACAAGUUUUACCUCCCUGGAGAAGUUAUUUACAAGGAAGGCUGCUCUAAAAUAAUCUGUAAGGGAAAUCGAAUACAAGUUUGGAAUGGAGACUGCCGACGUUCUUUAGGAGCACACAGGGAACAACUUCGACAUCUCCAGAGUCCCCGACGUCCCAAGCGGUACCUUAACUAACCAUACUGCCGCCCCUAUUAAACUCACUGUACCAAUAUCUAUCAAUAAUUUUGAGUUAAAGGCCCUAGCGAGGCGCCUCUUUGGGUAUACUAGAUUCUAACGCAAAAUUUAGUGUGACUUAGUCUUGAUGUGCAUUUAUAAUUAGCGCAAAAGCGCGUCUUUUUUCACUGAUUGAAAAUAAAAGUUGGGAUAAUCAGAUGGGUUAGGGUUAAUUCUCGGUAUUGAUCAAAGCUGUUUCUUUUGAGUAAAGUACACUUUCUUUCUAUGUUUUUUUCUUAAUUUUUUUUUCUUUCUCUACUGACGCCCAUCUAGUAUUGAAAGGAAACUGUUUACAGCCCUCUA